AUGGACUUGUCAUUAAUAAUUCAGCAGUCGAUAUCCCUAAGCAUAUCUGGUUCAACCCUAAAAAUUUAUGCCCAAAGUGAUGACGAAGAUGCGGGUAUGGACGAUGUGGCCAUCAAUGUUGAUGGCUUCAUGGACGAGUUUUUCAGUGAGGUGGAAGAGAUUCGAGAGAUGAUAGAUAAAAUACAGUAUAAUGUCGAGGAGGUUAAGAAGAAACAUAGCUCCAUUCUUUCAGCUCCGCAAACGGAUGAAAAAACCAAGCAAGAGCUGGAGGAUUUGAUGGCAGAUAUUAAGAAAAAUGCCAAUAGAGUUAGAGGAAAACUUAAGGGUAUUGAGCAAAGCAUCGAACAAGAAGAGCAAGGAAAGUCAGCAACAGCCGAUUUGAGAAUACGUAAGACACAACACUCGACGCUGUCAAGGAAGUUCGUUGAAGUUAUGACAGAGUACAAUCGGACACAAACUGAUUAUCGAGAAAGAUGUAAAGCAAGAAUACAACGUCAAUUGGAAAUCACUGGAAAAGCCACAACAAAUGAAGAACUCGAGGAGAUGCUUGAGCAAGGCAAUUCAGCAGUGUUUACACAAGGAAUUAUCAUGGAGACACAACAAGCAAAACAAACUCUUGCCGACAUUGAAGCGCGACAUUCUGACAUCAUUAAGUUGGAGAAUUCAAUUCGAGAACUUCAUGACAUGUUCAUGGACAUGGCGAUGUUAGUGGAAAGUCAGGGCGAAAUGAUUGAUCGCAUAGAAUACCAUGUUGAACAUGCAAUGGAUUACGUCCAAACGGCAACACAAGAUACCAAAAAAGCACUCAAGUACCAAAGUAAAGCUCGUCGGGUACAUUUGCCUACGUCAACAUUAUCAACGACAUCAUCUCUGAAACAUGCCAACGCAAUCACGACGAAACCGAAUCCGAUUGUUAAUCGCAGGGUGAACUUGUGGAUCGGAUUGAGUACCAUGUGGAACAGGGCCGGGACUUUACUGAAAACGCAAAGAAGGAAAUUUACCAAGCUAACGUACCACUGACAUGUUAUUCGAUCCUUUGGUAUUUACAACAGAAAAAGCAAAAACAAAUCAACAAAAAAUCUCUGUCAAAUGGAUUCAGCAAUCAAUCGGCAGACUUUACUUUUAAUUUAUUUUCCAUGUUUCUGUUUCUUUUUUUCUUGCGUUUUCUUUAAAUUGAAAAAUGUUUUCACACCCAAAUGUCUUCUUCUACUGCUUCAAUUAAUCUCUCACAACUAUUCUCGUACGAGUGAAGAAGAAGUGACGAAACCAUUUAUUAGGCUAUAAAAAAUGAUAUGCCACACUCUCAACCAACCAACCGACUACCCACCCACCCACACAAUCGACAUCAAAUGUUUUCUUUCUUAAGUUUCCUUGUUAUAUCUCCAUUUCGAUCCGCAUCGUUUUCUUUCCUCAUUGUCAAUGAAAGAAAACAGAAAAUGUUGCUAUGACAAAGAGUUAAAAUCUCUUUUCUUCGAGAAUUGUUAUUAUAAAAAAAAUGAAUGAAAGGAUCAAAGAAAUUUAUUUUGCAAGAUAAAAAAAAUAAAAUAAAAAGAUGAAGAAUGUUUAAAAGAAUGUUAUGAAUGAUAAUAAUUUGAGAUAAAAUAAUAUGCCAGCAAGAAAUCGUUUUAAUGCUUGUGUUAAACUCAAAUUUCUGGUUUUUGCAGCUCUUGUUGUCAUGAAGCUAAAAGAUUAAGAAGAAGCUUUUAAAAAAGAAUUAAAAUCUAAUUCAAUGGUUGAGUCAAAGCUCGCAGUGCAUGAUGAUGAUUAUAUUAAUAAAAGAAAUUAUCUUAACCGGCUUACAAUUCUUCCUUUCCUUAAUUCAUUUUUUUAAAGAAGACCUUAAGUUUUUAAUCUUGCUAUUUAAAAGUAUGAAACGAGAUUUUCUCCCAUCAACUUCCACAGACUAUCAUUUUUCAAAAAGAAAAUAAAGGAAAAGUCUCGAUUUGUUCUCGAAAUACUAAAAAAGAAAAAUAUCUAAAAGUAGAACAAAAGACAGAAAUAUUAAUUUUCAAACUAAUUAAAAUAAGAAAUGUGUGAUAAAUUAAAUUUUCACUUCUUUGCGACGCAAAAAGCUAGAAAAAAAAACUUAAAAAAAUCUUUCAUAGUCGAAAGACGAAAUAAAGAAAUGAAUUAUUAGAGUCAACAAAGAUGAAACUCUUUUUGCAAUUAUUGAUUCAAUAAAUCAUGACGAGAAGAAUAAUUAAGAAUAUUAUAAACGCCGCAUAUUGAUUGAAAUUUGUGAAGUGUUUUUUCAUUGGCAAGUUUAAAAAUUGAUCAUAAAUGAAACAAAAGUUUAAUGAAAAAUGAGUACAAAAGUGAGAAAAAAGUAUCGAAUCAGUUUUAAAUCUUCGUAAAUGCUUCGAUGUGCUUUUUAUUAGCAUUUUACACAAAAAACAACAUGGAAGUGAGAUAUUAGAUUUUUGCACAAUUUGCAGUUUGUUCUUUUAAUUGCGAAGUAAUUAAUUCAGUUCUUAUUUAGCUUGUAAAGGAAUGAAAGCAAAAUAAAAGUUGUAAAAUAAUUAAAAAAACAAAAAAUAUCAUCCGAUGCUGAUUUCCAUUCUAAAGUAGUUGGAAAUGAAAGCUUUUAUUUUCUUUUUAUUUAUUGACAUUUUCGUGAAGUAAACUUCUCUACUAGUCAUGAAGUUUAAAGACGUCACAACGUGGUUCGGGACAAAAUUAAUGUAAAUUAACGAGAAAAAAAUAUAAUAAAAAAAUUUCUUGAACGCAAGAUAAGAAAAAUAUGUUAAUUCACUAGGCUUUCCAUGUUCCAUACCGAAGAUUGUUAAGUUCGUUAUAGGCAGUUUGUAAGCGAAAACCUGUUCGUUCCAGCGGCAAAUUAAAAGUGAAGAAGUAUUUAACCCUAUAAAAAUGUAAUUUUUGAAAAGUUGUUGAAUUGGCAAAUCAAGCAAUAAAAAAGAGCGCGAAGUUUGUGCACACUAUAUCAGAAAAUAUUACAACCAUGAUAAAAAAAAGAAUAAAUUGAAAUCAUUAAGCUUUAGUCACUCUGUUGUUGGGCACGCUGUUCAGUAUGUAAUAUUUUUGGUCGCUCUGUACUUAGUCACUCUGUACCGAGUUUAUUUUUGUACAGAUUUUAAUGUGACAAAUUUUUUCAUUUCACAAUUUUUCGUCUUCCUCCUUCUUUUAUUUUCCAUUUGGUCACCUUUUUGGGUUCCCACAGAAAUAUCUUUUAAUAGCAAUUUUGAGUUUACAUUUUAAAUAACAUAAAAAUGAAAUACAUCAAACAAACGUACUUAAGUCCAAAAGAAGAAAUCAUGAAAAUUAAAAUGAAAAGAGAGUGAAGCUGAGUUGCUUCAAAUGUUAAGCAAUUUACUUUAUGGCAUUAUGAAGAAAUCAGAAAAAAAAGAAAAUUAAAAAAAAAUUCUUGCUGUUGAACGAUGUUAAAGGAAGUAAAUUUCAUGAUUGAAUGAUAAAAAAAACUUUUUUCGCCUCUAAUAACAUUUGAUUAAUUCGUAGACAUUUAUUAGAUAACAAAAAAAGCUCUUUGAUAAAAAUAAAUAUUAAACUGCUAUACUAAGUCUAGAAUAGAGCAUUUCUGGAUAGAUUUCAUGAAAGUUUGAGAAGAGCUCGUAAAAGGUAGAAGGUCAAGCCUCAUAAAUAACGCCAGACGUUUGUAAAUAACGGAGUUAACAUAUUUUAUAAACAUUUUUUCUCACUUAUCUCACCCAGAUAUUCGAGUACUUUACACAGCUUACUCUCGAGCUGAUUAGGUAGACAUUAAAAUUCAUUAAAAAUAAAAACUCCUUUCCUACUACUCUCAACAUAAACUUUCAACUUUUCUGUGUGGAAGUUUGCUUCCCUUUCAGCAAAAGAUCUUUCUACAAUUAUUUACCUUUCGUAGAGUUUUAAACUAGUAAUUACAAAAGGUCAAAAUAAAAAUGAGACGAAAAUAAGUGCAUUCAAAUCAUGUUAGAUAAUUUUCCAAAUGUAAUAAAUGAAGUAAAAAAAAUUCAGUGUUUGUAAUUUUUCUGUGUAGUCGAGAAAAAAAAGGAAAAAUUAAUUGGCUUCGACCUAAACUUUCACGAGAUCUUUUUGAACUUGCUGGUGAUCUUAUAAAUAGAGAGAUAAUACAGAAUCUCACGUACCUAACAGAUUAUGAAGUAAAAUGUUCCAGACAUAAAGAAAAAUCAGCUUCAAUAAUUUUAUCGCACUUUAUCUUCAAAUUCGUGUUCAUUGAAAAGUGAAAAUUUUUCGUUUUUUGUUUAUGAAAAUUCUGAAGAAAAUAAAAAUUAUAAAAGAGAAAAAAAAACCAUCAUCUAAAUGAUUAAUUGUUAAGCAAACAUUAAAUUAUUAAAGAAACUGCCAAUCUAAAAGAUCAAAUAAAGAUUAAUGAUUGCGAUGUACAUAGAGAAUUAUGAUGAGCAGCAUAAGCUUUUGUUUGUGGCCGAUAAAGUUUUCCACUUUAAAAAUGCUAAAAGCAAUUUCUCAAAGAAACUUAAACUUCAAUCAUCAUCAUUUUAUAUCAAACAUAAUAAUAUUUCUGUUUUAAAGAAUGAAGAUAACAGUUAAUGCUCAAAGAAAUAACAUAAAAAUGAAGAUUGCAUGUUUUUCCCGUGAUGAAAUAUUAAGCAGUGAAAGGAAAAGCUUCAUCAAUUAAAAUUUAUUUUCUUUUGUGUUGAGUACAAACAUCGACAUUUUAAUUUUUUCGUUCAACUAUCAUUUUGAUUAUUAAAGAAUGAAUAUGAAAAAUCAUAUAAUGAAAGAGCAAACCUGAAUCCAUAUCAAAAAGAGUGUUUGAAACUUAAUCUAGGAGUGAAAACUAGAAUUUUCCUUUUUUUCUCUGUGCAUCGUUAGAGAACCAAAUAAAGAAAAAUUGUAAACACUACAACGAUGAAAAGCCAAAUAAAUGUUGGACAAGGCUGGCAAUAUUAGUUGAAAACAUUUCUAAAGAAUGCUUGUCUGACGUUUUGAAAAAUUACAAAAAUAUGUGCAUGAGAAUACAAAAAGAAAAUGGAAAAGCAGUUUGAAGUAAAAGGAAAAUGGCCAUUUUUUCAGCAUAUCCAGAAAUUGAAAAGAGAAAAAUAAGUUUUAGAUGUUUAUUCAUAACAUAGCAGCAAGAUCAGAAAAGAAUUGGUAAUCAUUUGUUUAGUUUUUCUAUUUCUUGAGAAAUGUCGUGAAAGAAAACUCAAACACGUUUCGUUUUAAGACUCUUUCAGAUUUAUCUACAUAAAUACCUUAAUAGACAAGAAAAUCGUGUCGUCAGUCAGACCAUUAGUUAAAAACAUUACAAUCUUGACUAGAUAAUAAUUGAUCACGAGUAAUUAGAGGAUAGAUUGAUGGUAGAACAUAGCACACUCUUCCUCUAAUUGCUCUAAGCAUGAAACACCAUUAUACAAACUAAAAGAAAAUAAAUCCAAUUAAAUAAACUUAAAACAUAAAUGAAACAGAUUCAUUUGCUUUGCGAAAUAAUGUACAUUUCAAUAUAUCAAGUUGCUACUACUUUUGUUAGUUGAAUAUAGAAUUAAUAUCUUAUUAAUUGUCGAAGGAAGUGAGUACCUAAUUGUUUAAAUUAUUUUCCCUUGAAUAAAAAUCAUUAUUUGUAUCCAUGUGCAUUUAAAACAAUUUUUAAUAAUCCUACACCAACCAGAAAUCAAACGUUAUGGAUUAAUAAUAUUUAUGAUGUUGCAUGGCAAUGGAAUCCAGAAAGGAAAUAUUUAAAGUUCAUAGUCAUGACAUGAAAGCAUGUAGAAUUUUUUUUGACAGUAAUAAAAUCAAAAGAAAAGAAAGGAAAUUUUCCUUACAUGAUAUGUAAACUCAUCAGAAGGAAGAUUAGAGUAUUAAGGGAUACAAAUAGCAAACGUAAAUAGCGAAAGGAUUGAGAGUUUGGAUUUUUUUUGAAUCUAGCAAAUAGGGCCAUUAAUUUACCAUUUAUAUAACAUUCAUGUCAAUUCUCUACUUUAAAAAAGAUGAAAAUAAUAAUCUAAAAGAAAAAAUUGAUUAAACCAUUAACUUAAUUAAGAUCAAUCAAAAUAAUAAUGAAAGAUAAGAAAGUUAAUCGCGCCAUUCGUUUUUGUGUAAGAAACACAAAGAAAAAAAAUCUCAUUUGCGGGUUCUUAUUCUUUAAGUUUGAUAUUAGACAAACAAACAAAGUAAAAACAAUUGGCUAAGGAAAAUUAAAUUAAAAAAAGUAAAAAUAAAUCGUGCAACUUUUUCUCUUUCAAAGUCUCUCUUAUCUAAGACAAAUUGCAGAAAAGUAAAUAAAAAUUUAAGUAAAAUCCUUUUAAGUUCUAGUUUUCGCUACAAACAAGAAAAAUAUUAUGAAAAAGAAAAUUCUAUUAUAAUGUCAUGUUCAAAACAAAAAAAAAACAAGUGAAAUAAAGAAAAAUAAAAUUAUAUUGAAUGAAAAAA